ACCCUCUCUCUCUCUCCUCACUUUCUCUCUCCUAACUCAGCUUCAGCUCUCACGAACUGUACAAAUCAAAUGAGGUAAGAAAAUCCGUAUAAUUUUAAAACAGGACACCCAAAACAAGCAACGGUGCUUUCGUAAUACUUCCAAUGCCCCAGAACCAGAACUACUAAUAUCUCUCUCUCUCUCUCUCUCUCUGUCGUAAUACUUCCAAUGCCCCAGAACCAGAACUACUAAUCUCUCUCUCUCUCUCUCUCUCUCUCUCUCUCUAUAUAUAUAUAUAUACCCACUUGCCCAAUUUGCCCACAUUUGCUAGCUUUACCCAUUUCUCUCUCACACCCAAUUUCAGUCACAGAGACCACUGUUCUUCCCGAGACCUUAAUCAAAUUACCGGGCUUUUGCUUAAUUGAUACCUACACUUUGUCCGAGUUGAGAACUGAGCAAUUUGUCACGGAACUGAGCUCUGUUUCAGUUCAAUUUGCCGCCUAAUUCAAUGGACCCAACCGGAGCAACCGUACCUGGAUCCACUUUACCGGGACCCGAGCUCGAGUCCCUCCAAUUCCGGGAAGAAAUUCACCAACUCAUGACCGUGCCGCCCGAGAACGCCAGCUCCUUCACCGCGCUUCUAGAACUUCCGCCGACCGACGCCAUGGAGCUCCUCCACCUCUCGCCGGAAUCCAACUCUGCUCCGCUGCUGGCCGGCGUCUCUGCCGACCCCCAACACGCGCCCUACGUCCAGCAGCCCCCUUUCAAUUCCAGCCUAACUUUCCCUACCAAUUCCGCUCUAACCGAACGCACCGCCAAGUUCUCGAUCUUCGCCGGCGAUGGCUCGCCGGACAUUAGCUCCGUGCCGUCGUACUCCGGCGCCGAAUUGGAGAAGGUGAAGACCGAGCCGGCCGAGAUCGAUUCGAACCCUAACUCGUCGCAGCUGACGCUCGACGAGACCAAGAACAACCCGAGGAACUCGGCGAAGAGAAAGGAGCGAGAGAAGAAGAUUAAAGCCCCGACGAAGAAGUGCAAGACCGAAAUCAAAGAGGACGCCGAGAAGAUGCCGUACGUUCAUGUCCGAGCUCGUCGCGGUCAAGCCACAGACAGCCAUAGCUUAGCUGAGCGAGCGAGGAGAGAGAAGAUUAAUGCGAGGAUGAAGCUGCUGCAGGAGCUGGUCCCAGGAUGCAAUAAGAUUUCAGGAAAAGCAUUGGUUCUAGACGAAAUCAUCAAUCAUGUGCAGUCCCUACAACAUCAAGUUGAGUUCUUAUCAAUGAGACUUGCAGCAGUCAACCCAGGAAUUGAUUUCAACCUUAAUAGUAUAUUGGCCGCUGAAAGUGGACCUCUGAUGGAAAGCAACUUCGCCGGUAUGGUUACACCUCUGAUGUGGCCGGAAGUCUCAAUCAACGCUCACAGACAACCGUUUCAACAGCAAUGGCACUUUGACACGCUUCAGCAGCCAGGUUGGGGGCGGGAAGAAGAAAAUCAUACUUUUAUUACCCCAGAACCCCCCCUCAUCAGUUGCGACUCUUCAGCAAACUCAGAAAAUCUGCAGACAAGUCACUUGAAGAAGGAGAUGUGAAGACGUAAUUGAGUUGUACUAGUAGAAAUGUAUAUAGAAAGUAUAGUAUUAGCAGUUAGCAGGAAGUGGAGGAAAUUCCUCAGUAUUCAUGGAGAGUUUCGUUGUUCUCCGAGUUAAGAAUAUCCCGAUUUCCCUCGCCUCGAGAGGAAAUAGAUUUGGUAUGUUUAUCCUUAUUAAGUAUAACUAUAUAUAUAGAUAUACACUAACUAUGAGGGUCAUUGAAUCUAAUACCUAUUUUUUGAACUGUUUGAUUUGAUUCCGAUUGUAAAAUCAUUGAAGGAACCCUUGCUUUACACUACUGUUAUUACAAGACUUCUUUGUUCA